AUGUGUGUGAUUUUGUGCACUGAAGCUUUGAUAUCUCUCUCUUUACCCCCUCCAGCUCCGGAUAAGGUCGAGAAAGUAGAUGUAAAUAAGGAGGCCGUUCUAAGGGCACUCAGUGACUUUAUGACAGAGCUGGUGUCCAACCUGUCCACGCUGCUGGCGUGCUCGUCUGCCACUCAGAAGACGGCCUAUCCCUCGACUGUGUCAGAUCUGGUGUCACUGGUGGACGAGUUCGGUACAUACCUGUCGCCCCGGAUAAG